AUGGCAUUUCAUGUUGAUGUCGAAGCAGAGAUUUUCGAGGGCCUUUGGGAUAUCUCCGAUCCGCCAGAGGACGACAUCUACUCGCAAGUUUCACCGGAUGAAAGCGAGCAGGAGAUUCCAGCUGAUGUUAGCACGCCCCACCCGCCUGACUCGCAAGCCCCUGGCCACAAGGUGCCGAGCAAAUUCGCCAGGUUGUUUUCCAACUCCAGAAGGUGGACCAUUUCCGCUGCAGAGUUCUGUUGCAAGGUCCUUGUGCCGGCCUACAGUGCAGGAGCAGUGAUCGGCAAGAGGGGAAAGAACCUGAUGAAGCUCCAACAGCGGACACAGACAAUGAUGACCGUGUCUGCUACCCAUGUCUUUUUUCCAGGUACACGAGACCGCAUGCUCAUCAUCCUGGCUGCGACAAAGAGAAGCUUCGCCGCUGGUGUGCACGCCGUCGUCACGGAGGCAAUGAAAAGAUCCCCUGACCAAGCGGCCAUUCAGCUGGUGGUGCCCAGCUCCUCUGCUGGCAAAAUCAUGGGGCAGGGUGGCGCGAACAUCUGCGAGAUACGCAAAGCCACGGGCUGCCACAUCAGCAUGAGCCCACAGAAUCGCGGCGUCAAUGAGCGAGUCGUCCUACUGAAGGCCUGUACGGACAUCUUCCUGGUGAGAGGAGCCGUGUCUGUUCUGGAGUGCAUCCAAGACGACCCGCAGAUCCAAGAGCACAUGAGCUUCAAGUAUGUGGUGGCGCUUCCGCUUGGUUCUUGGGAUUGUGGCAAGCCGGGCCCAGCUGAACCAAGCGUGGAGCUGAUGCCUUUGGAGUUGGCCAGAGUCUCGCCGAAGCGGCCAAUCCUGGAAAACCUGCUCAGGGCCGCGCCGAGAAAGCUCUUGAUCCGGCAUGGCGUGCUGGGUGGUAGCAUCGAGAAAGUUCUCAAGAGGACGACUCGGGAGGAGCUUCUGGCUGUGUUGGCGGAGGCCUGGGGCAGCAUCCCCAAACAGAACGGGCGCGCGGACUCUCCGAACGAAGGACUUGCGUCCGGCGCGCUGCGGCAGGCGCUUCCUGUCGGACUCCAGCCGUAG